AGAAUAGAUACAAGCAAUGGGUUGAAAUGAGAUUGCUAGGAACAAAAUAGGGUAAAGAUGUAACGAGAUGCAAAGGUGAAGAGGCACUUUAUUUAUACAGAAUUUUAGAAAUUUGAGCAUUUUUUAAAAAUCAAUUAUGCCUUGUAUUAAAUAUAUAAAAUAUUUUUUCCGCUCACUCAAAGUAUUGACAAGAAUAGAAGAUCAUCAUCAUUGUGCUCUCCGGCACAACCUAAAUCCUUUUCCGAUCGUCCUCCUUAAAUUCUCCGGCGAUCUACCUAUGCUUUAGCACUACCCAUGUCUCCUGAUACAGCAAGUCAACUCUCUACACAGCAGAACCCUACUUCAGGGGUUCUUGGUUCCACCUUCUCUGGAAAUCCAUUUGUUAUCUCAUUGGCUCAUCUAGAAUUGUCAUUAUCGGAUCAACCAUCAAUGAGCUUGGUUCCCCCAACAACUUAUAGAGACAAACUACAUUAUAUGGAGCAAGAUGGUUAUGAGAGUUCUCUCAGCAAAAGGAAAAGAUGGAUUUAUCACUGGAGAAGUUCCAAGACCAGCAGAUCCUAUUGUUGCAUCACAAUGGAAAAUGAUUGACAAUAUGGUAUUGGGUUGGCUGCUGAACUCCAUUUCUCCAUCUAUCACUGUUGCAUUUGGACUGCGCAAUACGAGUUUUGAACUUUGGGAGCUGCAGCUCAAGGACAGCGACGCAGAACGGCAGUUUUGUUCUUCAGCACACAGACCAGCAGCGAGCGAUGGAGCAGCGAAAUUUCUUCGCCAAUUUUUCCUCAACACCGACGAUUCCAAAAUCCACCUUCCAACACCGCAAUAUCCAACUAAAACACCUCGUUCUCCAGGUAAAUGUUUCUUCUCCAAUUUGGUCGAAUUGAGAUGAAUUGGUACAAUAAUAUGAAUAAAAAGUAGAAAAAAAGGGUAAGAAUAAGAUAUAAUCGAUUUUAUAGAUAAGAUAUGAAUGAUGGGAGAGUUUUUGUCAAAUAUCGGAUAUUUUUUACGAACCGAAAAGGUCCUUCCGGAUUGGCCGAGUCGGACCGGACUCGGCUGAUCCAGCGAACCAUGAUCCUGAUGUUUCUGUAAUUUUGAUGCAUAAUGGAUGCAUUAUAAAGGACU